GGCGCAUUUGCCAACACUUUUGGUCAUGAUUUACUCGUAAAAUAUAUAUUUCUGAUCCCUGAUCAUGCCCAGUCCCGCUAAGAAGCGCAAGAGAGAUGACCUUGACUCCUCCCCGCAAAAGUCCCGGAGUAUAGCGUCAUUCUUCAAGGGCCAAGCCUCCAAGGAAGCUGAGAAAAUCAAAACAUCUACGAACUCCGAUGUGUCGAAUCAGACAGAAGAGACACUGUCUGAUGAAGCUCUAGCUCGAAAGCUUCAAGCAGAAUGGAACCAACAAGAUGUGACGGAAGAGACGCCCCCUUCACCUAGUGAGGCGCCAGAGACCCCAGAGCGCGGACACAGUCCGCAACGCCCGCCAAGUAUACCAUCGAAGAAUAUGAUUUCUCUGCAGUCGUCUUCCGGCACGGAGGAUACUGUCUCUCUCUCUAUUCCUUUCGACCAAAGCCCCUUGACAUUUGACUCGAGACAAUACGCCGAUGAAUUGCAAAAACACUGGGCUACCUCGGGCGGCGAUGCUUCGUAUGCGCUCCUGACAAGGGCUUUUGUUCUUGCCAACGCUACAAAUAGUCGCAUCAAAAUAGUCGAUACGCUGGUCAACUUUCUUCGCGUCCUCAUGGAAAGCGAUCCGUCGAGUGUUCUCCCUGCGGUGUGGCUAGCAACCAACUCAAUUUCGCCUCCGUACGACGAAAUGGAAUUAGGGCUCGGCGGCUCCUCGAUAUCGAAAGGCCUCAAGAAAAUAUACGGGCUAAAUAGCCAGGGACUCAAGUCUCUGUAUGAUAAGCUUGGAGACGCAGGCGACGUAGCGUUCGAAGCCAAGAAGAGGCAAAGCCUGACGCUGGUAAAACCCAAGCCACUCAGGAUUAAGGGCGUUUACCAGUCACUCCAGAAGAUUGCCACGAGCAAAGGCCCGGGAAGCCAGGAAAAUAAACAACGUAUCGUUGAGAAAUUGCUUCAGGAUACGCGUGGUGCGGAGGAGAGUCGGUACAUUGUCCGCACUCUGGUCCAGAAUCUGCGGAUCGGUGCGGUCAAGACUACCAUGCUCAUUGCGCUAGCUAGAGCUUGUCUACUUUCAAAGCCUGAGGAGGGCGAGUAUACCCCAUAUUCCCUCCAGGAAUUGUCCCGUCUUAAGAAGGAGGAGCUUGCGGGGAUCUACAGCAAUGCGGAGGAGAUCGUCAAGUCAUCCUACGCCAGACACCCAGAUUACAACGACCUUGUUCCUUGCCUGCUAGAGAUUGGAGUCACUGAGGAACUGCUUUUGCGAUGUGGACUGCAGCUACACAUUCCACUCAGACCAAUGCUCGGCAAUAUCACACGAGACCUGUCAGACAUGCUCACAAAGCUGCAAGGGCGCGACUUCAGCUGCGAGUUCAAGUACGACGGUCAGCGCGCGCAAGUCCACUGCGACGAGCAAGGGAAGGUAUCAAUAUUCUCCCGCCACCUCGAGAACAUGACAGAAAAAUACCCAGACCUCGUGUCCCUGGUCCCUGAGAUCCGGGGAGAAAGCGUAUCAAGUUUCAUCCUCGAAGGAGAAGUCGUCGCAGUAGACCAAGAAACCGGCGAUCUGCAAUCUUUCCAGACACUGACAAACCGCGCAAAAAAGAACGUCGACGUAGGCAGCAUCAAAGUCAACGUCUGCCUCUUCGCAUUCGAUCUGAUGUACCUAAACGGCGAGCCUCUCCUAAAUCGAUGCUUCCGCGAGCGCCGAGAGCUCCUCCGCAGUUUAUUCGUGGGAAUCCCCAACCGCUUCACCUGGGUCAAGAGCCUAGACGCAACAUCAGCCGAUUCCGACUCCGUCCUCGAGUUCUUCAAGAGCGCAACAGACGCCAAAUGCGAAGGCAUCAUGGUCAAAGUCCUCGACAACACACCCAACCCCGCCCCUAACAAAAACGACAAACAAUCAAACCCGAUACCAAGCACAGACACCCCCAACAGCGCCACCACCACCACCAGCAACAGCCGACGAAAGGCCCUCCUCUCGACCUACGAGCCCGACAAACGCAUGGACUCCUGGCUCAAAGUCAAAAAAGACUAUAGCACCUCCUCCGAAACCCUCGACCUCAUCCCGAUAGCAGGGUGGCACGGCCAAGGCCGCAAAACCAAAUGGUGGUCCCCGAUCCUCCUCGCAGUCCGCAACGCCGAAACCGGCUCCCUCGAAGCCGUCACAAAAUGCAUGUCCGGCUUCACGGACAAAUUCUACCAAUCCAACAGGGAAAAAUACGAUCCCGGGGGGGUGAACGUCAUCUCUCGACCCAGCUACGUCGAGUACUACGGCGAGCAGCCGGACGUGUGGUUCGAGCCGCAGGAGGUGUGGGAGAUGGCGUUCGCGGACAUCACGCUCAGUCCGACCUACACGGCUGCGAUUGGGCUGGUCAGCGACGAGAGGGGGCUCAGUCUGCGGUUUCCGCGGUUUCUGAAGGUCCGCGAGGAUAAGUCGCUUGAGGAGGCGACGACGGGGGAUUAUUUGGCGCUGCUUUGGCGGAAGCAGGCGGAGAAGGCGGUUCUUGAAGGUGACGAGGAUCCGGCUUCUGAGAUGCAGCCGGCUUAGAUCGAGUAGGGGGAUGGAUGACCUAGGAGAAUCCUUCUGGUUAUGCAGCUUGGUCUGCAACCUAAUUCUACCUACCUCUUGUGAGACAUGGUGUGGCAUGACCCCGCGGGUGUUGGCAGAAGGAGCGUUGGCUUUAACAGGUCCUUAUGCAAUAAACGACCAUAUCAAUGAGGGAAUUCGAGCAUAUAUAGGCAGGGUCAACAUGAUGAUUGUGAAGACAGAUAUAGUAGAG